AUGGAUUGCUGUAGCAAACCUUCAUCGUUAUGUCAGCUUCUUGUGAAUGCUCCUUGUCUGCUGCCUUCAGUCAUUCUGAUGGUGAUGGAUGGCAAGUGAUCCCAUGAAUUUAAUGGUUGCCUCUCAAGUGACAAGUACUUCUUCAGUGCCCGUUCGUGUUUCACUUCAGUGCUAUGUACUAGGAAAUCCCACAAAUCCCUGACUCAAUGCCAGUCUCACUUUUCUCAGUGUCCGUUGACAGAUUGCAGUGUUUGAAUAAGAAAGAGCAUUAUCUUCAAGUGGUUGUGAAUCUCUGCUUCUCAUUUGCCCUCUGCCAGGUUAAACAUUUGCAGUGUUACACUAGAUGCUGUCAGGGGUUUCCUCUGCCUUGAACAGGGAACUGUGAGGUCCGAGGUUGAGGUCUUUGUUUGGUGAGUUCUGCCAAAGGCUCAGACCUCUGUGUCCUCAUCAUUGUGGAACAGCCUCUGUGAUUGAUUGGGAGGCAGAAUGAAGCCUCUGGAUUGGUCAGGCCUAGGAUAAAUACUUGAAGAAUUGUAUUCUGCCUCUGCAACAGAACAGUAUCUUGUGCCUGCUCUACUUGUGGCUACCAGAUUGGAAAAUUUGACAGAUUUGCCUAUCCUUUUGAUAGUGACAUAGACCAGAGCCCUAGAAAGUCCUCAAAUGCCACCUCCCAGGUCAUUGAGCCCAGGGCAUUGAGCAGGAAUGAAUGAAUGAAUCUUUCUUUGUGUCAGCCAUCGGCCAUAGCAAUAAAACAACAAUACAAUAUACAAAGAAUAGAAAUCAAAAAGUCAAUUAUAUAAAAUACACUUCAGGGUUUUGAAUCAAUAGUCAAAUAGUGAAUCUUGUUCUGAUUGCCCCAGCUAAAAAACCUUGCAGCCUUUGCUGUCACCUGCUCAUCUGAGCAGGACUUUAAGGCAGAAGUCUACAGCGCCAGUCAACUGAGUGGGAGGGCCUGCUAGUGUAGCAAGCCUGACUUCUUUAUUGUUUCAGACAGCACAAUAUGUUGGGUCUGCCCUGGAAAAGCCUAAUUCUCUCUACACUCUCCUGAACUUAACUCCUCCUGAGCUGGGCUACUUCUUCUUUCACACACACCCUGGGAAGCACCAUAGCUCAGUGGUAGAGCAUCUUCUUUGCAUUGAGAAGGUCCCUGGCCCAGUUUAUGACACCUCCAGGUAGGGAUGGGAGAGGCCGCUGCCUGGAACCCUGGAGAGCUGAUGAUCAGGGUAGAUUUGGUUGAGCUAGAAGGGCCCCGUAGUCUCAGUAUAAGGCAGCUUCCUACGUCCUUAUCCAUCUGCACACCCAACAGCACAAGAUCGGAACUGUUGUGGCUUCCUUGUUGUUGUGUUCCCAAACAACGGAAGGAACUUUAUAGUUCUUUCCCAGCUGAAUACUUGAAAUGUGUGGGCAGCAGGAAAGUGAAGAUCAGUGAUGGGAAGGAUCUGGAGAUAAAUAUGUUUUCUGUAAAUUUUUCAAAGUUAUAGUCCACAACAAGAUUCUCGUGUUUAUCUUUCUGGGGCUACAGGAGCAUAUGGCAGGCUUAUUUCUGUCUGUAUGCCAAAUUCUAUUAUCUGUUUGCAGAACACUUUUAUUGCCUCCCCAACCACGCUAAAUAUUUACUUUUCCACUUUCUUAGCUUUUACCCCCUUUGCUUUCUUAAACUCAGUUGACCUUUCUAUAUAUUUUUAUUAGCUCUUGGCCCACAUUUUUCAAAACCUGUGUGUGUGUGUGUGUGUGUGUGUGUGUGUGUGUGUGUGUGUUUACAAAACUGGUAUGGCUUCUAAACAACAAUUUUAACUCAGAACUUAUAUUUUCAGAUUCUUGGAAUGGAUCCAUUUGGCAAGCCAAUGGAAGGAAUCAGAAAUACCCAGCUGGAGUGAUCUGGGUGCCCAAGGGAGUGGAGGAAUUUGCAGUUGAUUGAAUUGAUCACUUUGUAUUGAGUAGAAUUCUUCCCUACUCCUGCCCAAAAUUACCACUACAAAGCUAUAUUCCCAUAACAGUGCAUUUCUCGUCUGGCCUCUUCAUUCCACAACUUGAAAGUCAGAGAAACAAAUACCGUACAAUUUUUAUUAGCUGCUACCGAGUUUAAACCAGUGGCUGAAGUUUAAAUCUGGUGCAAUUUUAUGCUUCAGAACUCUUCUGUAAGCUGGUGGUGUGCCCUGAAAGCUGGUUCAGAUGUUCUUUGGAUAUUAAUAUUUACACAAGCCAGGGGUUUAACUAUUUCUUCAUUUCUUUCCCCACCCCCCACCCAGGCAAUAUCUUUGUGGUCAGCCUGUCUGUGGCAGACCUGGUGGUGGCUGUCUAUCCCUACCCUCUUAUAUUGACCGCCAUCUUCCACAAUGAAUGGACCAUGGGCGACAUCCACUGCCAGAUCAGCGGCUUCUUCAUGGGCCUCAGCGUGAUUGGCUCCAUCUUCAACAUCACAGCCAUCGCCAUCAACAGGUACUGCUACAUUUGCCACAGCCUCCGGUACGACAAGCUCUUCAACCUGAAGAACACCUGCGGCUACCUUUGCCUGACGUGGCUGCUGACCCUGGUGGCUAUCCUGCCAAACCUUUUCGUGGGCUCCCUGCAGUAUGACCAGAGGAUUUAUUCAUGCACUUUUGCUCAGACGGUGAGCAUGUCGUACACCAUCACUGUGGUGGUGGUCCAUUUCAUCAUCCCUCUCUCCAUCGUGACCUUCUGCUACCUUCGGAUCUGGAUCCUUGUGAUCCAGGUCAAGCACCGGGUGAGGCAAGACUGCAAGCAGAAAGUGCGUACGGCUGACGUGCGGAACUUCCUGACCAUGUUUGUGGUCUUCGUCCUGUUCGCAGUGUGCUGGGGGCCAUUAAACUUCAUCGGCCUGGCGGUCUCCAUCAACCCUUCGAAGAUCAUCCCGCAGAUUCCAGAGUGGCUUUUUGUGGUGAGCUACUUCAUGGCUUACUUUAACAGCUGCCUCAAUGCCGUGAUAUACGGCAUUCUCAACCAGAAUUUCCGGAAGGAGUACAAGAGAAUUCUCCUUGGCCUCUGGAGUCCACGCCUGCUCUUUCUUGAUGCCUCGAGAGGUGGGACAGAGGGGGUUAAAAGCAAGCCAUCCCCGGCCGGAACAAACAACAACCAGGCUGAAAUCUUAUUGUAA